AUCUCACAACCACAACUUCCGACGAGACACCCUUGCAAGUUGCAACAGACAAAAACAAGUGGACUUUCUCUUUAUCUUUGGAUUAUGGCAGCGUCAUCAUCUCUUGUUACCUUCCACAAACUCACCUGCAGUUUCUGUUUUGGUCCAUCCUCUGCUCCCGCUUACCUUACUUCCGGUCGAAGAAGGAGAUUUUGGUCUGUCUCAGCCCCUCAAACCAUGGCCGAUUUAGUCAAAACUCAUGCUCGGAGAGAUGGCGAAGAAGAACGGUUUCAGGCGCUCGAGCAAGAUGCUUUCAUUAAUAACCCGACCAACGAUUUGGUCUCCGAUGGGAUUAACGCCGUCGCUAAUCGUCUGAGCAAAUGGGUUGUUGCUGGUUUAUUUGGAUCUGUUCUGCUUCUACGACACGAUGGUGCAGCCUUGUGGGCUGUCAUUGGAUCCGUUUCCAAUUCAGCUCUCUCGGCAGCUCUCAAACGCAUACUUAACCAAGAGAGACCGGUUGCCACAUUGCGUUCUGAUCCUGGGAUGCCAUCUUCUCAUGCUCAGUCCAUUUCUUUCAUCUCUGUCUUUACCAUCUUCUCUGUUGUGGAGUGGCUUGGAACCAACGAACUCUCUCUGUUCCUCAGCGGACUCAUCCUCGCAUUGGCUUCUUACUUUACAUGGUUAAGGGUGUCUCAGAAGCUUCACACGACCAGUCAAGUGGUGGUGGGUGCCAUCUUUGGUUCUGUUUACUCCACCUUAUGGUACAUAACUUGGAAUUCACUUGUUCUCGAAGCUUUUGCCUCAUCAUUCUCUGUACAAGUAGCCGUCUUUGCUAUUUCUGCUGCAUCUGCUCUAGGAUUUGCAGUUUAUGUGCUACUUAACUGGUUCAAAGAUGACAAAUGAUUUAAGGGUUUAAAAAAAACUAAUCUCCUUAUGUCAUUCAAUCCUAUUGUUUUGAGUUAUAUAUAUAUAUAUAUAUAUAUGUAGCAAUCAACAUUACCACUUGUGUUAGUGUAAUAACUAGAGUUUUGCAAUAAAGCUGAUUUAAUGUACUUUUGUUUACCUAAUGUUUUCUUUAUUGAAAUGUGCAGUAAAAAUGAACAUCCAUUUCAUUCA